AUGACUGUCAAUACUGCAUCCAGUACUGGCUCUGAAACACUAGCAGAGCCCAAAGAAGUUUACGAACCAGAGAUAGAGCCAAACACAAAGCCAAUCGUUCCGAGCGACAAUGAUGAUAUGGCAGAUAUCGAGGCUGCAACAAACACUAAGCCCAACCAAUUGUCCACGUUCAAAUGGAUUCUUGUAUGCUUUUGCGUCUACAUCUCGGAUUUCGUCUACGGUCUCGACACUACCAUUGCCGCCGAUAUCCAAGGCGCGGUAACUCAAACUUUCGGAACUGUUGAUCAACUUGCAUGGCUCGGCGGUGCCUUGUUCAACUCGUUCAACCAAAAAUGGCUAUAUGUGGCCGGUGUGGUGCUUUUCGAAGUUGGCUCUGCCUUGUGCGGUGCCGCACCAAGCAUGAGUGCUCUCAUUGUCGGCCGUGUUCUCGCUGGCGCUGGAGGAACAGGAAUCUACCUUGGAACUCUCAACUUCUUCUCAUCUGAAUUGGUAUCGCCAGAGCGUCGUGGAGCUUACAUCUCGGGUAUUUCGAUUGUCUGGGGCCUGGGCGCUGUGCUUGGUCCUGCUAUUGGAGGUGCCUUUAGCAUUAGCAAGGCAACUUGGAGAUGGGGAUUCUAUAUUAACUUGGUUCUCGGCGCACUUGCAGCUCCCAUUUGGAUCUUUCUGCUGCCGUCCGUGCAUCCCACCAAGGGAGUUUCUAUCAAGGACCGGCUGCUGAGGCUGGACUUUGUCGGCUUUAUACUGAGCGCUGCUGCUUGGAGUAUCUUUACAGUCGUCUUCAUUGCUGGUGGUAAUUACUGGGCGUGGAAAGAUGGGCGUACCAUUGCAAGCUUGUACUUUUGCAUUCUAACAACGCCCUCAACACGAUCGUUUCCUGGCCAUUUGCUGCGGUACAAGGUUCAUAUCCUUCUGGGGGCCAGCACUGCGUGCGCAAUCUCCAGUCUCUACGUCGCUAUUUACUACAUUCCCGUCUACUUUCAAUUUGUGGAAUCCGACUCUCCAUUGAAAGCUGCUGUCAGAAUCUUGCCGCUUGUCCUGGUCGCCGUUGCAGUCAGUUUCUCAAGUGGUAGCACACUCUUCUAUGUUUAUAUCGAUCCUUCAGUCUCAGCUGGUGUCAUAUACGGUGUCAGCGUCGUGAUGGCCCUAGGAAUUGGUCUCACAUGGCAAACUGGGUACACUGUGGCCACUCUCAAGUUUUUGCCUCAAGAUAUUGGAAAUGCUCUCAGCAUUCAGAAUUUGUCCCAGAUUGGCGGAUCUACUAUUGUUUUGGUCAUUGCGGGACAAGUUUUUCAGACAGGAGCACAGAGUGUCGUGCUGAGCCAGCUCGAGGGUGAAUUGAGAGAUCGUGCUCUGCUUGCAAUCACGGAUGCAAUUAAAACCACCUUCAUUCCAGUUAUCACAGCUGGAGCGUUGAUAUUUGUGGCAGGUUUAUCCAUGAAAAUGGAAAAGUUGUUUUAA